AGGCAAAUCUGCCGUUAACAGUCGGAACGUCUCCAAACCUGCUCUCUUUCUCUCCAAACCCCGAACCCAACUGCCUGCUUUGCUUGCUCUGCACUCCGCCACCGCCAAUUCUCCACAGUACAGAGCCCUUCCACUGCGAUCCCGAGCGAGAAACCAAGCAGCCAGGUAUUCUCCCGAAUCCGGGGCGGCGAAUCGCUCCAGCGGGUGCAGUAACGGUGCUCCGGAUCUCGUCGGGUGACGGCCGCCGCCACCAUGAUGAGCGGCAGCGCCCCUCCGCCGCCCUCGCUUCCUGCCGGGAGUGGGAGCUUCUUCAGAGGAUACACGAAGCUGUGCAAGGGCCUCGCCGUCAUAUUGCUCCUCGUGCACCUUGUAGUACAGCUGUUCCCGUCGGCUGUAGCCUAUCUCGCGCUUAUUCCCGCAAGGACGAUCCCUUUUGCUUGGAACCUGAUAACUGCUGGCUAUGUGGAGCAAACAAUUCCGGGGGUGAUUGUUAGCAUCAUUGGUCUUCUCUUGUUUGGGAAGCUGUUAGAGCCUUUAUGGGGUUCAAAAGAAUUAUCAAAGUUCAUCUUUAUUGUCAACUUUUCAACUUCAGCGUGUGUCUUCAUAACUGCUAUCGUGCUGUACUAUAUAACUCAGCAAGAGAUCUACCUCUAUACUCCUCUUUCUGGAUUCUAUGGAGUUCUUUCAGGAUUGUUGGUGGGCAUCAAACAGCUUUUACCAGAUCAAGAACUUAACCUUUUCGUGCUAAAGAUCAAGGCAAAGUGGAUUCCAUCUCUUGUUGCACUGAUCUCAAUUGCUGUAAGCUUCUUUGUAAAGGACUUGAUGUCUUAUCUCCCAGUUUUGCUGUUUGGCAUUUAUAUGAGUUGGAUUUACCUGCGGUACUUCCAAAAGAGACUUGAGACAGGCAUGAAAGGAGACCCAAGUGAGGAGUUCUCUUUCUCAAGCUUCUUCCCUGAAUUUCUAAGACCAAUUCUGGACCCAAUAGCAUCUAUAUUCCAUAGGCUCCUUUGUGGAAGAUCCGAAAGAUCUGACGCUAGGGGACAAACAUUAGAUACCUCGCCAUUACCUGGUUCCGAUUCGAUUGAGGCAAACAGGAGGAGAGAGAGGGGUCAACGGGCGCUGGAACAAAGAUUAGCUGAGAAGCUGGCUGCUGUCAGAAGUUCGGAGGGCACGUCGCUGGAUGCUGCUGAUAAAGUUUGAGUCUUCUAUACAACGAGCUGUGCAGUUUCUGAAUUCCUGGCAAUGCGUGUCCAUGUGAUUUCCUGAAGGACAGAAUCACAGAAGGAAUGAAGAACAUGUAUUUACCUUCAGCAGCCCAGGCCUCAUCAUGGUUUAUUGUCAGCAAUCGAUUUUUCCCAUGGUUUCUCUGUAAUCAACGAAUGAUGCACUAAGCACUGUACCUAGCAUGGCCAUGGUGACUCGAGAAUGUGAUGUUCCAUAGGACAAGAAUGCUUCUAUGUUCUUUAAUUUGCUGUUUGUUUUUAAGUAUUGAGGUUGAUAGUAGUUCACAGGAACCAGAUUAUGUACGGAUGUUUUUAGAGCAUUGUAUGGCAGUUCUAAGCUCAAGAGAACUGUAGCCUUCACUUGUCA